CAAAAUCGUUAUGUUUAUCUGGUCGACAACCAAGAUUCUUGGCGAUUCCAUUCUACUGCUACGAAACAUCCAAAAUCCCAAAUCCCAAAUCCUACAAACUACAAAUACAAACGACUUUUCAACAGUCGUCGUAUCCUUGGAAUUGAAUCGAAGAAGAUGUUGAUUCGCAGACGCGUUUUCUCUAUUACUCCGUCGACAACAAGUCUUCCAUCUAUCUCCUUCGUUUUUAUUUCUACACCCUUUUUUUCUCAGAUACCCCAUUUAUCACAGGGAUCAUCGACCAUUCACUUGUCACGAAGAUCAAGGUUUAAUGCUUAUGGUAAUUCAAGUCUAACUUCAUUCAGAAAUUAAGUAAAGAUAAAGUCUACUUAGUUGCCGCGACAUGAUUCUUAGGGGUCUGCUCAUCAUCGUAGUUUUGAUCGUUCUGCCCCGACAAUCGUAUGCGUUAUCCCCGGUCUAUUCUUUCAGACACCUGUAUGAACAAAGCAACGUUUCUCCUUCUCCUAGCCCUUCUAAUGGUGUAGGUCUAGCUUCUGGUGGAUCAAAUUUCCAGCAAUCUUGUAAUAGGGCAUCUAGAAGCUGCCAGCUGAAGAACAUAGCUGCCUGCUUGACUUAUUCUCAAAGUGGCCCUGAUGAAGAAAUAUGGCUAUAUGUACAGAACAAUGAGAAAAACCUUUUGCAUGUGAAAAUUAUGAUCCUUCCUUCAAACAAUACGAUUGAGGAGAUAGAUUUACCAAUCCACCAAAUGAACAAGAUCAAGAUUUCUCGAGAUAUAUUUUAUUCAAAUGCUGCAAUAGCAUUGAAUACAAGUGUAGGAGAUUGUGUAAUACAUGCUGCAGCUCCACCACCCGAAACCAAUUACCAGAAAUACCCUUCUUCAUAUAGCAUCUACAUAACCCCAAUCAAUGGUGCAUACUUUGUAAUUCUGAUAUUUAUCAUUGGAGGGACUUUGACUUUUGUCAAAUCAAGAAUCCAUAGCAGCAGGCAUAUUGAUGGGGUUCCAUACCAUGAACUUGAAAUGGAAAAUUCAAAAGCCCUUUCAUCAUUAGACAUGGAGGAAAAUGGAACGGGAAAUUGGGAUGAAGAUUGGGAUGAUGAUGAUUGGGGUGACAAAAAACCGGUCAAAUCUGGUGGUCAAAAUCCCAUGAAAGUGGAACAAUUGAAUACAAAAUUCCCGAAUUCUAAUGGAAGGAGAAAGGAAUGGGAUGAUUAGUAUUUUGAAUGGAUUUUUGCCAAAAUGUAGGUAAGAUGUUCAC